AUUCAUUUAAUAAGAGCAGUCAGGUUGAUUUUGGUUUGGUUGGAAGUCUGCUUAGGGCUUUUGACAUUUGACAUCUGUCCAAAUUAACUGACAGAUACAUAUAUUGAAAAUAUCGAAUUAUAGCUAUAUCUAUCCUUUAGUGAAAUGAAAAGUAGCCAGUUUCAUAAUCAAACUUCAAUUGCUUUCCAUAAAGUAGAGUUUUACCCAAUUAGCCAUGGUAUCUUCUGUUGAAUUCAUCAAUUGCCAAUCUGUCCAAAUGCAAGUGUUAGGUAAGGUACCCACUAUAUCUAUUGACAAAACCGAUGGUUGUCAAAUCUACCUGAGUCAGGAGUCCUUUGAUGUGGAGAUAGUCAGCUCCAAAUCGUCUGAAAUGAAUGUAUUAGUCCCUAAAGGAAACGGAGACUACACAGAGUAUGCAGUCCCUGAACAAUACAAGACCACCGUCGUUCCUAGCAAAGGUCUAAGUACGAUGAUUGUUGAAAAGAAGGGUUAAGUGUUUUGGUAAUCUCUUAAAUGAAAACAAUUUUUAAGAAUAUCCUAGCAAUUUUUUUUACAGAUGUAGGUUUAAACGAAACACUUGAGCAUGUUAAAUAUGGAAGGUGGUAUUAACAUUGAAAUGAUUUUAGACGCUUUUCUUUAUACUUUGACAUACAAAAUGUUUUUAACUUCUAGAAAAUUUCAACCAGGAAUUAUAGACUAAACAGUCUUCCAGAUCUAAGUUUAUUAAAAUUACUUAAUAUGUAAUUUCAAUUUGGAUUGAAUACCUCAUUUUUAACUGGUGAUCAAAAUUGAUGAUUCAUUAAGGCCAAAGUAAUUCUUUGGAGAUUUCAGUAUUAUUUGAAUAGAUUAAAAACCUAAUUCUCCAUUCAACAUAUAAACCUGGUUUAAGUUUUCGACGUGCUUUUUUAUAUUUAUAUAUCAAAUGUAAUGGAAUGUUCUAGAUUCAUAAUGGAAACAUGAAAAUUUGCAAUAAUUCAUAUUAACCUUGCCUCUUUGUUUAUAUGAUUUAUGAAUUCUAGUCACAUCUUUGAUACAUCUUUUUAUGCAACAUUUCGUUGCACUGGUCAUACGAUGGGAUGAUUAACAACAUAUCUUUUCGAACAAUUUUUUCAUAUUGGAAAUUUUACAUUUGUUUUCUGCAAAAAUGUAUUUAUUAGGAAAUUUUUUGUUUUAAAAUUGUGUGAAUCGCUUUGAUAAUUCUUCCUAUGUAAUUUUAUCAAUUGAAAUAAAUAGGUGAUAAGUGAAA